AUGCCUUUUAUCAACGAAAUCCUCAUGGAUCCUUUACUUCCAGCCUCGGCGAGACAGCAAGCCAUCGAUCGAAUGUACUCCGAUCCCGGCGUGCCCCAAUCCGCAACAACAUCGUCCUUCUGGCUACAAACCCCCCGAACUUUCGAACGGAAAAGCCCAACUCUUCCAACAGAGGUUGAUGUGGUGAUCAUUGGAUCUGGUAUCACUGGUGCUUCUGUAGCACGCUCCUUGCUGGGAAAUGCCAACCCACCGUCAAUCUUGAUGUUGGAAGCACGCGGUAUCUGCAGCGGCGCUACGGGUCGCAAUGGCGGUCACAUUCUGGAAAUAGGAGAUGAUUAUGCCGAGUUGGCUGAUUCAUUCGGAGUGGAGGAUGCAAAGAGAAUCUUACGAUUCAGACUUGCCCACUUGAAUGAGAUGUUGGCGGUUGCCGAAGAGCUCGGAAUCUCCGAGGAAUCACAAGCCCGCAAGGUUCAAUUUUUGAGUAUUUACUUCAGCGAAGAGCAGUGGCAAGCGGCUUUGAAGCGUCUUCGUCAAUUUAAAGAGGAAAUGCCAGAGGAAGCUGCUGAGUGGACUUCAUUUGAGGGCGAGGGAAUCCCAAAGGACUUCCAUCUCGAUCGGGCACAUGGAAUCAUCGCAGGCCCUGCCGGUGCUCUAUGGCCCUACAAAUUCGUGACUAGUGUCCUAGCACAUCUGCUGAAAGAAUACCCGGAGAAUAUCCGAAUUGAAGAGCACACUCCCGUGAAAGCAAUUCAUGAUUCAGCUUCCCCAGAUCGACCCUACAAAGUCGAAACAGACAGAGGCACAGUCCUCGCCAAACAUGUCAUCCACUGCACCAAUGCGCACGUUGGCCAUCUCGUCCCAGGCCUCCGAGGCCGCAUCUUCCCCGUCCGCGGCCAGAUGUCCGCCCAGAUACCCGGCGAUCAAUUCCCGAACCAAGCAAACGACCACUCGUGGAUCUUCAACCACGACCGCGGCUUCGAUUAUCUCACGCAGCUCCCUAGCGGGCAGAUGAUGCUCGGAGGUGGAUUCGCCCAGGGUGAACUCGCCGGAGCGGCAGACUUGGGAAUCGCAACGGACUCGAAUUUGAGCAUGCUCAUCGCCAUCCAUCUCUCUGGUGCCCUUCCCGUAUUCUUUGAAGACUGGGGUGAAGUUACUGGUCGUCCAGUGCAGGCCAUGUGGACGGGUAAUAUGGCAUUUACAUCAGAUGGAUUCCCAUGGGUGGGACGGCUGCCCGAUUCUGCGACAGGAAGAUCCGGACAUGGAAAUGGGGCUGAAUGGAUCUCUGCGGCGUUUGGGGGUGAGGGGAUGGUUCAGUCAUGGCUUUGUGGAAGAGCAUUGGCGACUAUGCUUCUUGCUGAGGAUGGGGUACUGGACCAGUCUGAUGCUGAUCUUGGAUGGUUUCCGAAGCAGUUGAUUGCUUCUAAGGAGAGACUGGAUAGUACUGCACUUCCGAGGGUUGUCGACUCUUCUCACAGGGCUAGUCUGUAG